ACCCGGUUCAAUCAAUUCUCUAUCCUGGCUAUCACGUUUCUUUAACGAAGCGGCAUAUAAAGGUACGCCGGAUUUAGAUCUCCUGAUUAGCUUACAAUCAUAUGGGGUUACUUGACCAGUUGUGGGACGACACCGUUGCGGGUCCCCGACCCGAUAACGGCCUCGGCAAGCUCCGAAAGCACUCCACUUUCACUUUCCGGCCUAACGCCGCCAAGGAAUCUGAUGGCGGGAGUGUGAGAUCGUACGGUGAUCAAACGUCGGAGGAAGCGACGAGAGUGACACGGACUAUUAUGAUCGUAAAACCGCCAGGUUACCAGAGCGGAUCGCCUCCGGUUUCGCCAGCCGGGUCAACUCCUCCGGUAUCUCCUUUUUCUGGAGGCAGAGACUUGUACCGGUUUCGGAGAAGAUCUACAUCGGAUGCGUACGAGAAGGCCAGCGAGGUUGGACCAAGGAGCCCUCGUCCUCCUUACGACGUGUGAGAUAUGAGCUUCUCUCCUAUGCUAGCUAGCUUCUAUAUCUUUGCAGCUUAAGUUUAUGUAUGUCAGUCUGGUAGGGCUUAAAUGGUUCUUUAGGAUGGUAAUGUACGAAUGCGACUUGUAUAUAGAGCUUGUAAUCGUUUCCCUCUGCAGUUUGUUUGUUCUCUCGAGCUUGUCGGAAUAAGAUUUCAGUGUCGGUUUCUCUUGCUCA